AGGCCCUCUUUCGGCGGAACUCCACGGUGCAGAUCCCUUCGCUAAACACAGACGGCAGCAGAGGUUUCGUCCUCCGGCUAACGGCUACUACUAUGGCGUCAACCGAGAUAGCGAGGCAAGCGGGUGAAGGUGCUCGGGCUGUCCCUCUGGCAGGCCAUGUCGGCUUUGACAGCAUGCCUGACCAGCUGGUCAACAAGUCUGUCAACCACGGAUUCUGCUUUAACAUCCUCUGUGUUGGUGAGACGGGUCUGGGGAAGUCCACCCUUAUGGACACAUUGUUCAACACCAAGUUUGAGGGUGAGCCCACUCAGCACAACCAGCCGGGAGUCACACUCAAGUCCAACACCUAUGAACUCCAGGAGAGUAACGUGCGCCUCAAACUCACUGUUGUCAACACCGUUGGCUUCGGGGACCAGAUCAACAAAGAAGACAGCUACAAGUCUAUUGUGGAGUUCAUUGAUGCCCAGUUUGAAGCAUAUCUACAGGAGGAGCUUAAAAUCAAACGCACGCUACACAGCUACCACGACACUCGCAUCCAUGCAUGUCUGUACUUCAUCGCUCCCACAGGACACUCACUCAAAUCCCUGGACUUGGUGACCAUGAAGAAACUUGACAGCAAGGUCAAUAUUAUUCCAAUCAUUGCCAAGUCAGACGCCAUCUCCAAGAGCGAGCUGGCCAAGUUCAAAAUCAAAAUCACGAGUGAGCUGGUGAGCAACGGAGUGCAGAUCUACCAGUUCCCCACUGAUGAUGAGUCUGUGGCAGAGAUCAACUCCACCAUGAAUAGCCAUUUGCCAUUCGCUGUGGUGGGGAGCACAGAGGAAGUAAAGAUCGGGAACAAGAUGGUGAAGGCCCGGCAGUACCCCUGGGGAACGGUGCAGGUGGAAAAUGAGAAUCACUGUGACUUUGUCAAACUGCGAGAAAUGCUGAUCAGAGUGAACAUGGAGGACCUGCGAGAGCAGACUCACACACGUCAUUAUGAGCUCUACCGCCGCUGCAAACUGGAGGAGAUGGGCUUUAAGGACACAGACCCUGACAGCAAGCCCUUCAGUCUUCAGGAGACAUAUGAAGCUAAGAGGAAUGAGUUCAUGGGUGAGCUGCAGAAGAAAGAAGAAGAAAUGAGGCAAAUGUUCGUCCAAAGAGUCAAAGAGAAGGAGGCUGAGCUCAAAGAGGCAGAGAAAGAGUUGCACGAGAAGUUUGACCGUUUGAAGAAGCUUCACCAGGAUGAGAAAAAGAAAGUGGAGGAGAAGAAGAAGUCUCUGGACGACGAGCUCAACAUGUUCAAACAGAAAAAGACUGCUGCAGAGCUCUUGCAGAACCAAGCCCAGCAGGCAGGGGGCUCCACCACACUCAAGAGGGACAAAGAGAGGAAAAAUAAUCCCUGGCUCUGCACUGAGUAGGUCCUCAGCCCUCAAGCUUUGCUAAGGGACCAGCCUUUGUGGGUACAGAGUACCUCAAAUGUGACCAGAGGCUUUGUGGACCCCAUCCUUCAGGGUUUCUUAAUCAUUACCUGCUCUGCUAUAAUAUUGAUUAAUGUGUAUUUGUGUUUCACUGCAGCUCUAACCUCACCGUCUGCGAUCUAAUUCUUGCUUUAUUGCCUCUGCUUAUGUUUUUAUGUGUACUGUUGUUUUUUUGCUGUGACUAACAUUUUUUCCACGUCAGUUGUGAUGUAGAUUACAUUCUCACUUGUUCGUUUGAAUAUUAUUCACAUUCACAAGACAAUUAGGUGGAAUUAUAACUAUAUAAUUUAUAAUUUAUCAGUGGGCACAAUAUAAUCAUGAUUUUUUUUGCUUGGACAACUCUGACCCCAGGGAUUUCACCACCUAACUUUGUAUUUAUGAUCUUCCUGAUAUCAGAUGCACUUUUCAAUCUCAAGCCUGACUCGUGUUUUUGUAAUCGUUUCUGCUUUGCCACCUCUCUAACUGCCGGCUUUCUUUCUCUUUGUCUCUUUAGCUUCUUUUAAUCUGUCUUGACCACCUGAAGAGGGGAUUGCAGCUUCAGCAAGAACUAAGCACCCUUUACCUCUUCCUGUUUUUCUCGCUGUAUGAACCUUUUUUAUUCUCCCCAUUGCAUCUCCUUUUGUUGAAUAUGGCCUUAUGUGGACUGGCAUGGUAUUUCUGACCACCUAAUGAAGCUCUAAACCCAGUCAGGUUGGGGGGGGGGCCGGGUACAGUUUAAAUCUGCUAUUAUGUCUUAAUGUAUAUAAAGAGACUCUUGUCGUUAAUAGAAGUCAUCGGUUGGGGUUCAUACCUUUACAGGACUCGUAGGUUAAAUCAUUAUUUGAUCUUUACUUGAAACAGAAUAGCAAUGACCUGCGCUAUGCACUCAUCCUUUCAAUAUGAUUCUUAAUACAAAGCUAAAAAGAAUAAAACGCUUGCUGAUUUAAAAACAAACUCAUCAAGGACAGAAGCACUUAAUGCACUAUGUGUAAUGUGUUAUGAAGUAUAAUGAGUAGUCAUGUUGUUUUCUUCAACCUAGUUCAGUUUAAAAAUCUGCCGCUUCCAAAUGAAAUGGCAAAAUUAAAUUAGAGGUUAUAAUCAUGCAAAAGCCAAAGCAAUAUUUUAUAUUUAGCACUUCAUUUGAUGGAGCCCAUGUUUACAUGUCACUGUUGAAUACCAUGGAGGUCACAUGUAAUGGCCUUUUAUUAUUACACACUGUGCUUUAAUAUUCACCGGCCUAUUCUAUAUUUUGCAUGCAUCUUUUUAUUUCAUUACUGCUGUGAUCUUUGACCUUUUGACCUGCUUGUUUUUAUCCCCCAAUAACUCAGUUUUACAGUCUAUUUGAACUUCAUUGCUGUUUUCUUCAAAUGGUGCAUAUUAUUAAUGUAUAUUUGCUCUGUCCUAUGAUUUCAGCUCCCCUUUUGCCAAAUAUUAGUAUAAAGUGGAGUUGAACUGAAUCCCAAGAUAGGAGUAUUAAAAAUACUCAUGCAUUUAUAUAAUUUAUAAGGAUAUAUUUUGUGUAUUGAAGUGGAGACUUGUUGUUUAUUACCUAUGAUCUUUGGACGUGAAUCUGAGUGUAAAGUAACAUUUUGGUGUCAGAAAAUGCCAUACAUUUUUCUAGUAUCAGUCAUCACCUCUUGUAGUCAAAAACUCUCCCACACCACAAAUUAUUCAGUAUCUUACUUUAGUUUGAUUCCAUUGAUGUACAUUUUCAAUAAAAAAAUAUGAUCCAAACAUA